AAGAUACUUAACCAAAGAGAAAAUAACGCUCGCGUGCGUGUGUACGUUUAGAUCUCAAACACGCUCUCUUCUCCGCUACGAAAAUUAGAGAGAGAGAGAGAGAGAACAAAACUAACGAAAUCGUUGAACCACCGUCACCACCACCACCAACCACCGCGCCUUGAAUGAAAACCUCGACGACGUCGUCACAUAUAUCUCCCCAAUCCUCAAUCAAGGAUUAGGGUGUGGUGAUUGCAGUUUAGUUACCGUGGGUAGCAACAACGGAGUGGAUCGGAAAAUGGACAAGAACAAGAGCCGUACCGAUCUACUCGCAGCUGGCAAAAAGAAGCUCGAACAAUAUCGUCAGAAGAGGGGUGGUAGUAGCCGUGGAAAAUCAUCAAAGAAGUCUUCAAAAAAUCAGCUACCUGAGUCUGAUGCUGAUACUGCUAGUGUUACCUCUACAGGAUCAUCUCAGGUUACUGAUGGAAAUGUUGAAACCAACAGUGACCCCAAUGUGGUUAUCACUGAAUCACUAGAGUCACAGUCUUUGGCAAGCUCAGCAGCUGACGAUGUUGAUCCAUCUGUUGAUUCUUCGUCAGUGGCCAUGACAUAUGAUACAGGUGAAGAAACUGAUUUGGAUUCUAAUGCUAAAUCGGCACUUCAGGGUCAUGGGGUCCAUGAGAAGGAUUCUGAAUUGUCUGCCAAAGAUCAAGGGGGAAGUUCUCAGAAUCUUGGUGAUAAUGUGGCAAAAGAUGAAUCUUUGACAAGCUCGUCAGCUCCUGACGUUGAUCCAUCUUUUGAUUCGUUGUCAGUGGCCAUGACAUAUGAUGCAGUCGCCAGAACUGAAUUGGAUUUUAAUGCUAAGUUAGCACUUGAGGGUCACGGAGUCAAUGAGAAUGAAUCUGAAUUGUCAUCCCAAGAUCAAGGGGGAAGCUCUCAGAAUGUUGGCUCUGAUGUAGCAAAAGAUGUGUCUUCGAAAACUUCAAAUAGUGAAGGAGGAACAGCACACGAUCAUGCCUCUGAACCGGUCACCCUUUUGUCCCCACAUGCUUCUAUUACAACUGCAGUGGAUGAGUCUGUCACUGUUGAAAAAGAGAGUGAAAAAAGGGAAGACUCAUUGCCUUUAUCUGAGGAUAUUCCCAAUAAAUUUGUGGCACAAACGAGAGAAGAUCAGGUAACAGAUUUAGGGGCAAUGCAGGAAGCUGAUGAUUUGGAUAUGACGAAAUCUUGUCAAAGCACUGAUGCAAUUAUAGAUAAUCAAAAGGAGAUUCCUUUGUUUGAAGCUGGUGAGAGUGAUCAGUCUCUUUCAAGAAUUGCUUUGAAGAAUACUAUAAUCGAGGAGGCAUCUCACGAAGCAGAACAACUAGACAGGCCAGAUAAUAUUGUAUCUGUGGGGACUUCAUUGGAAAAUUUGGAGAGAGAUACAUUACCGGGUUCAUCUUACGAAGAGAUGAUUCUUCAGCCUAAUCAAGAACAGAUAAGCACGGGUGUCCGUAGUGGACAGGACAUGGCGCUUCCGGUGGGGUUUAACCAGCAAUUCACUCUUGUUGGAUCUGCAGUUGAUGAUCCCACUCACGAGUUGUCUGCAUUUGCUUCAACCAGAUCGUUGGACGUAUCUCCUAUCUCUAAUGCGAGCUCAGUUAAUCUCUUGCAGCUAGCUGAAUUUAUAAAGGGGAUUAAUGAAGAAGACUACCAGUUUCUGCUCAAGGAAAGAGGAGCAGUUUCUGAUGCAGAUCCUUUAACUAGUAGUUCAGUUCUACCAGAUCAUGACUUUUCAGAAGCAUUUCAGAGACUGAAAGAAGAAUUGUUUCUUGCUAGUACGAUGCAAAACAUAUUCAAUAUGCAGCUAGCUGAACAACUGGAGCUCCAAUCUGAAUCUGAUUAUCACCGUCACCAGUUGAUUGGUGAACUAUCACAACUCCGUGAUUCACACAAUGAAGUUAAUGAGAACAAUCAACGCCUUAGCGAAGAACUUGCUAACUGUCGUGUAGAACUACAGAAUAAUUCACGCAAGAGUGUAGAACUACAAAACCAAUUUGAUACUGCCAUGACAGGGGUUGAAGCUCUUUCUGCUAGAGUAGUUGAGCUACAGAUUAGUUUUGAAAUGUCUCAGAAAGAUUCAUCGGAUCUCUCCACAGAGUUGGCUGACUGCAGAAGUUUGAUCUCAAGUUUACAGGAUGAAAAGAAGGUCAUGAGCGAAACUCUUAAUUUAGUGAUUGCGGAGAAAAAUAAACUUGCGGAGGAGAAGGAGUUUUACCUCUGUGAAAGUAAGAAUGUGGCAACUGAAUUAUCUGGCUUAAAGAGUUCAAUGGAAGGAGUAGAAGUCGAAAAUUCCAACUUAAUUGACAGGAUCUCUUUGGUGACCGAAGAGAGCAAUAAGUUCAAAGCAGAAAUUGAGCAUCUCUUGCAUGAGAUUGAUAGGCUAUCGUUAGAUUUGGUUGAAAAUAAAGAUUUGGUGGCAAGUCUACAGGCAGAAAAUUCCAACUUAAAUGGGGACCUUGCAUUGUCAGUUGAUAAGAUUAAAAAUCUGGAAGAUGAGAGUCAAUCUGUUGUUCUUGAGAAUCAAAGGCUCUCUUCUCAGAUUGUUUCCCUACAAGAACAAUUAUCUAUAGAAAAGGGAGAACGAACGAGGUUUGAAGAUGACCUUAAAGAAGCCACAAUGCAAUUAGAACAACUUUCCAAGGAAAAUGUAUCACUCAAUAGCACUUUGGAUGACCACAAGGCUAAAAUAGAAGAAAUUGAAAAGAAACACAGUGAACAACUAUCUCAACUUGAGAACUUCGGGAAUCAAGCACAUGUUGGAUGGGACCAAAGUAAGGGCCUUGAGAUUGCAGUUACUGAAGAUUCUCAUCAGAUGGAUCAGAGGUUAGAUGAAGGUGCAGCAGGGGGACCAUUUGAAAAUAUAUCCGAACAAGAAAUUUUCAAUGAUUCUCUUGAGUUUGUUUCGUUAAAGACUGGUUUGAACGAGGUGGAAAAUGUUUUGGUGAAGCUUGAAAAGGCGAUUAAUCAGUUGCGUUCUCAAAAAGUAAUCUCUAGCGGGACUGGUGAGAAAGUUUCUUUACCCGCGGUGUCAAAAUUGAUACAGGCUUUUGAAUCAAAAGUAAAGGAAGAUGAGCAUGAGGUAGAGAUAAGUGAGUCACAAUCAAACUCAUUUAUUACGUUAACCGAAGACCAAGUAAGAAACUUGAGAAAAUUGCUUUCAAAGUGGAAGCUGGAUGUUCAGAGUGCAGCUGCAUUGUUCAAGGGGGAACGAGAUGGUAGGAAAAUUGGGAAUGCAAAGUACAGUGAUCUCGAGGACCAAUUCGAAGGAUUGAAGCAGCAUUGUUCAGAUUUGGAAGCAUCUAACAUCGAACUUGUAGUUCAAUAUGAAACAGUUAAGCAACUUCUGGGUGACAUUCAGGAAAAGAAAUGUCAUCUUGAGGAAAUCUGUGAAGCUCUAAAGCAAGAAGACAUCCAUCUCAAAGCCAAAAAUAAUGAACUCUAUGAAAAGCUUGGAUAUUGUCAUUCAAAAGUUAUUGAAUUGCAUGCUGAACUGAAUGAUGUGAAACAAAGUUCGAAAGAGACGGCUUCUGUUAUUGGCAGUCAACUAGAAAACUUGCAGAAGGAAGUGACGGAGAGGGCAAUGCUACUUGAGCAAGGCUGGAACACUACUAUUUCUGAUAUUGUUGAGUUAGUUGCAAAGCUGAAUGAAUCAGUUGGGGAAACAUCGUCUACAUCAGCCUCUUCUGCCACCCGGGAUGGCUUUGAUAUCAGUCAUUUGUUAGAAGCUUCUGUUAGUGCUGCCAGUGAAAUGAUUUUUGAUUUGCAGAAGAAACUUGAAGCUACUAAUGCAGAUCAUGAAAUAAUCUCCACGUCAUAUAAAGAAAUGACGUCAAAAUGCGAUCAUCUGCUUGGGAGGAAUGAAAUGGCUAUCAAUGUAUUGCAGAAGAUGUACAGCGACCUGAGGAAACUUAUAUAUAGUAGUGGUUGGUCUUUGGAUGAAGAUAAGAAGAUAGAUGAGCAAAGUGAGGCACUGCCUGAUCUACUAAAUUAUAAUAGUUAUGAGACCAUCAUGAAGCAUUUGGGGGAUGUAUUGAUUGAAAAGCUCGAACUGGAGUCUGUUACCAAGAAGAUGAAGUCAGAAUUGGAAGAACUGAAGAUGAAGUGUCUUGGUUUAGAUUCUGUUGGGAAGCUAAUUAAUGAUGUUGAAGGUGUGCUGAAUGUGGAAACUCUGAAUAUAGAAGUAAACACAUCACCCCUUUUGUACUUAGAUUCAUUAGUGUCUAGUCUUGUACAGAAAACCAAAGAGGCUGAAAUCCAGAAUCACACCACUAAAGAAGAAUAUGGAUCAAAGGAGAUGGAAUUGGAUGAACUGAAGGAAAAGAUGCAAUAUCUAGACAUGCUGCGUCUUGAGAAUGAAAAUGAAAUCUUCGUUCUAAGGGAAAGCUUACAUCAAGCCGAGGAAGCUCUUUCUGCUGCACGUUCUGAAUUGCGUGAGAAAGCAAAUGAACUCGACCAUUCAGAACAACGAGUGUCCUCCAUCCGGGAGAAGCUUGGUAUAGCUGUUGCCAAGGGAAAAGGGUUGAUUGUACAGCGAGAUGGCCUCAAGCAGUCCCUAGCUGAGACAUCUGGUGAAUUGGAGAGAUGCUUGCAAGAGCUGAAGUUGAAAGAUACAAGACUCCAUGAGCUUGAAACAAAACUUAAGACCUAUUCAGAGGCUGGUGAACGUGUGGAAGCUCUGGAAUCUGAACUUUCAUAUAUUCGUAAUUCAGCUAAUGCCUUGAGAGAGUCAUUUCUCCUCAAAGAUUCAGUGCUUCAGAGGAUAGAAGAGGUUUUGGAAGAUCUGGAUCUGCCUGAGCAGUUUCAUUCAAGUGAUAUAAUUGAAAAGAUUGAUUGGUUGGUUAGGUCAGUUGUUGGAAACUCAUUGCCCGUGAAUGAUUUGGAGCAGAAGGAUUCUGCAGGAGAACGUUCAUACUCUGAUUCUGGUAAUGCUGUCACAGAUUCCUGGAAAGAUGAUAGUCAGCUACAACCAGAUUCAGGGGAUGAUGCAGGGGGACAUUCACACUCUGAUGCUGGUUUUGUUGUCACAGAUUCCUUGAAUGAUGAUAGUCAGCAACAGCCAGAUUCAGGGAGUGAUUUUCAAAAGAACUUUGAGGAGUUGCAGAGUAAAUAUUAUGGGUUGGCUGAGCAAAACGAAAUGCUGGAGCAGUCAUUGAUGGAAAGAAACAGCAUAGUCCAGAGAUGGGAAGAGCUUGUAAACAAGAUUGAUAUGCCUUCACAUUUGCGGUCUAUGGAGAUGGACGAUAGGAUUGAAUGGUUAGGAAGAGCACUUGCCGAGGCUAAUCAUCAUGUAGAUUCUCUGCAGCUGAAGAUUGAAAGAUAUGAAAGUUAUUGUGGAUUGCUAAAUGCUGAUCUGGAAGAGUCUCAAAGGACAGUGUCCGCUCUUCAAGAAGACCUUAGAGCUCACACAUCUGAGAAAGAGCACCUUUCUGAAAAAUUAGAGGCUCUGAGACACGAAUGUGAGAAACUAUCGGUGCAGACAAGGGAAGCUGAACUUGAGAAUGAAGAUAUGCACAAUGAAAUAAUUAGUUUGAAGGACCAAAUGGAGCAGAAAGCUGAAAUUGAAGAGCAGAUUUUCACCAUUGAUGGCAAGAUAAAAAAAUUACGAGACUUAGUUGGGGAUGCCUUGUCAGAAUCUGAAACAGAAUAUCAGAUUUCUGAUGGUGCAAAUAUUGAUUCUUUUGAAGAAUUGCUGAGAAAGCUUAUAGAAAAUCAUGCUAGUCUUUCAUCAAUAAAAGCCACGAGUGGUGUUGUACUUGAAGGACAUCAUUCGCAAGAAGAUGAUGCUCCUCUUCAUGAGGAAAGAAGUAUUGAUAUGCAUGCUAAGGAGCAAGCGGAAGCAGAUAUUGAUAGAUACAAGAAAGAUCUGGAGGCGGCUUUGAGUGAAUUAGAGCAUUUGAAGGAGGAGGGAGAGAGAGCUUUGGAAAAGCAAAUAUCUCUAUCUGGUGAAGUUGGAGCUCUAAGUAAAAGAACUGAGGAGUUGCAAGAGCUACUCAAUCAGGAGGAGCAGAAGUCAGCUUCUGCUAGAGAGAAGUUAAAUGUUGCAGUCAGGAAAGGGAAGUCACUGGUGCAACAAAGAGACAGUCUAAAACAAACCAUUGGAGAGAUGAGUGUUGAGAUGGAGCACUUGAAAUCUGAGAUCAACAACCGGGAACACACUAUUGCCGAGCAUGAACAGAAGUUGAGGCAGUUGUCAACCUACCCAGAUAAGUUAAAAGCUCUUGAAUCUGAGAGUUCUCUUCUGAAGCAUCGUUUGGAAGAAACUGAACACCAUUUGCAGGAGAAAGAAUAUUCCUUGAAACUGAUUUUGAACAAGUUAGGUGAGAUUGAUAUUGGUGGUCAAGGUCAUAUAAGUGAUCCUGUGAAGAAGGUGGAGUGGGUCGGAAAGCUGUUCUCUGAUCUUCAUAAUUCUGUUGCUUCUUUAGAACAAGAAUCCAGGAAAUCUAAAAGAGCAUCAGAGCUCCUGUUGGCAGAGUUGAAUGAGGUUCAAGAAAGGAAUGAUAGUUUUCAGGAGGAGCUUGCUAAGGCGGCCGACGAACUUGUGGAUCUCAAAAGAGAAAGGGAUUCAGCGGAGGGCGCCAAACUGGAAGCUCUUUCCCAUCUUGAAAAGUUAUCUGCAUUGCACAAGGAAGAAAAAACGAGCCAUUUUUAUGAGCUGGUGGACUUAAAAUCUAGCAUGAACCAAGUCUGGAAACACUUUGGUGAGGUUCAGAAUUUACUGGCUAAGGCUUUUUUCACAGAUUUGGAAUCUUUUCGGAAUCUGGAAGCUGGUCUUCAGUCGUGUGUGAAAGGAAACAAUGCUCCAAAUGUGGUGGAUUCAUCUUUCAGCAAAGAACAUGAUGAUAUUUUACGCAAGUCAUCUGAUAAUGAGAAGAGCUCUGUGUAUGAAGAUUCUUGGUCAGAAUUUGGCACAAUAGACCACUACAAUGAUAAUACCAUUAUUGAAGGUUUUCAUCUAUUUGGGCAUAAGCUGCAAGAGUUUUUGGUGGAGGUCAGCUCUCUUAAGGAAAGAAUACAGGUGCACUCAAGUUUGGCACAGGAGCAAGACAAAACUCUGUCAAAACUAAUGACAGACAUUCAGUUGGAAAUUACUUCCCAAAGAGAAUCGUGUGAGAACAUGAAGAAAGAAGUUAGUAAACGAGAUCUGCAACUUGUUGCAUUGCGUGAGAACAUUGCCCACCUUUAUGAAUCAUGCAUCAAUUCUGUCACUGCACUUGAGAACGGAAAAGCUGAACUGGUUGGAGAAAAGGUUGAACUUUCAGAUUUAGGGAUUAACUUGGAAAAAUCGUCAUUUGAUGAUGAAAUAUCUGAGGAAUGUAUUAAAGCCGUGGCAGAUAGAUUGCUGUUGACUGCAAAUGGGUUUGCUAGCAUAAAAGCUGAAUUUUUAGAUGCUAAUCAAAAGGAAAUGAAGGCUACUGUAACAAAUUUACAGAGGGAGCUUCAGGAGAAGGAUGUUCAAAGAGACAGAAUUUGUGCAGACCUGGUAAAGCAGAUUAAGGACGCUGAAGCUGCUGCAAACAGAUAUUCUCAAGAUCUUGAAACUCUUAGGAUGGAGGAACAUAAUUUAAAAAACCAGGUAGAAGUUAUUAAGGAAGAAAAGAAGAUACUUGAGCAGAGAAUCAAGGAGCUGCAGGAUAGGCAAGGGGCUGCAGCUGAAUUAGAGGAUAAAGUGAGAUCUCAGACUGGUUUGCUGGCUGCCAAAGACCAAGAAAUUGAAGCGCUAAUGCAUGCACUUGAUGAGGAAGAGAUGCAAAUGGAAGAACUGACAAAGAAAUAUGAAGCACUUGAAAAGGCUGUUCAACAAAAGAAUCAAGAGAUUGAGAGCCUUGAAUCUUCUCGUGGCAAGGUUAUGAAAAAGCUUUCUGUAACUGUAAGCAAGUUUGAUGAGCUUCACCAACUGUCUGCAAGUCUCCUUUCUGAGGUUGAAAAGCUUCAGUCCCAAUUGCAAGAAAAAGAUGGUGAAAUUUCUUUCUUAAGGCAAGAGGUUACUAGAUGCACCAAUGAUGAUCUUCGUGCAUCACAACUGAGCAACCAGAGAAGUCUGGAUGAGAUUGUUGAGUUCUUUACGUGGGUUGACACAAUUGUAUCUCGAGAUGGGGUGGAUGAUAUACCUCCUGAUGUGAAGAGUGAUACUCAGGUUCAUGAGUACAAAGAAAUACUUCAUAAGAAGUUGAUGUCUUUAAUAUCAGAAUUAGACAAUCUAAGGGGAGUUUCAGAAAGCAAGGAUAAAAUGUUGCAAGCAGAAAGGAGUAAGGUAGCAGAGUUGAACCACAAAGCAGAAACUCUUGAGAAGUCCUUGCAUGAGAAAGAAUCACAAUUGAAUUUGCUUGAUGGUGUAGAAGAAACUGGAAAGGGAAUUAACACAAGCUCAGAAAUUGUGGAGGUAGAACCAGUGAUAAAUGAGUGGACAACAACAGGGACUUUUGUUACACCUCAAGUUCGCAGUUUACGCAAGGGCAAUAGUGAUUAUGUUGCCAUUGCUGUUGAUGAAGACCCUGGUAGUACCAGUAGGAUAGAAGAUGAAGAUGACGAUAAGGUUCAUGGUUUCAAAUCACUCACAUCAUCCAAAAUUGUCCCAAGAUUUACCAGGCCAGUGACUGACUUGAUUGAUGGCUUGUGGGUUUCUUGUGAUCGGACGUUAAUGAGACAACCAGUCUUGCGGCUUGGAAUUAUAAUUUAUUGGACCAUAAUGCACGCACUCCUUGCCUUCUUUGUUGUUUGAGGGUCCUGGUCUGUAUAAUUAGUCAGUCUAAAAUCCAAAACCAGGCACAGGAGGAGGUUCCAUAUAUAUUGGGGAUAUUCCUCUGAUAGUUUGAAAAAAGAUUCAGUUUAGCUGUACAGUAUCUUCCUUCAACUUGCUUCUUCCUGUUGCGGUGCAAUGAUGUUUACCUAUAAACCAUAAAAAAAUAAAGACGCAGCUGCAGCUGCUAGAAAGAGUGCCAGACUACAAUGACGAGAAGAUGAGAAAGCAGAUUGCUCAAUAUUUGAAGAGGGUGCCAUUUAGCCUGCACAAAUUGUACAAUUUGUGCACUGUGCACAAAAAGUUUCUAAAGGACAGCUGUCCACCCCCACUAUAUUUUACCAGUUAUUGAAAAAAGAAAAAUGAAAAUAAAUAAUAUAUUUUAAUUUUUGCUAAUUAACCCCACCUCUGUUAUAUGUGUAAAAAGCAUAUCAUACUAAAUUCUCUCUUUUGCCCCUAAUCCAGUAAUCCUUAGUGAGUACUUUCACGUUUUUACUUUCUCAUAAGCAACCACCACCAACAAUCUUCUCUUUUGUUGUCCACCAAACAGCCGCUGUCUAUUGCUUUCCACCAAACCACCACCGCUCGACUGCCGCUUCAACCUUCCACCUGCGUCGACCUUUGAUGAAGCAGUUGUCGGCGGAGGAUCUGAUUUAACAACGUCAUCUCCUUGCAUUUUUGCAGCACACUAUUUCCAAUCUGAAAGGAGCAGCAAAAUGGAUUUUAAGGAAAUUCUGGAUAUUUUUGAAGUUGCACAUGUAAGUCAGAUCGGUGGAGAAGGUUCAGAGGUAUGUUUGUUAUGUGAUAACCAAAGAUGAUCAGCAAUUGAGUCGAGGAACUUCAAAACCAGAAUAUAAAAUAACAAUAGUAUUUCUCAACAAAAAGUAGUAGAGCACAAUAUAUGAUGAAUUCUAUAAUGCCUAUACGAUGACCACUUAGUGUAAUGUGUGAUAAGAUAAGAUAUACCAAAUAUAUUGAUUUCAGACUUUUUAAGCAUUUGCUCGUCAUUAAUAUUUUACAGGCUUUGGGUAGUAGUUCUUUUUCGGAGAAUGCUGAAUAUUCCUCAGACCAAGAUGUGGAAGACACUGACAAUCCGUGCUACGGAAACAACUUUGAUGCUGAAACAGCUGUAGAUUGUACGGAUGACUUAGAGAAAAUAAAUAUGAAGGAAACCAGUUCGGAUCAACUUAUGAGGUACCAUUUUCCUGAUCGUAGAGUUGCAUUUAUGUUUUACAAUUGCUAUGGUCGUUUCCAUGGAUUUGCCGGUAGAAAAAGUCGAGUUGUUAAGAAUACUAAUGGCGAAGUUGUUCAACAAACCUUUGUUUGCCAUAGAGAAGGUAUUAGGAAUGCAAAUAAUGCUUUGUCUCGUAAGCGAGAGCAAAAACCUACUAGUAGGUGUCGUUGUCCAGCAAAACUUCAAGUGCAUUUGGACUUGGGUAGUGAACGUUGGUACAUAAAGUUGUUUGAUGAUAUUCAUAAUCAUUCGUUCUUGGAUGAGAAGUACGAGGGUAUGCUACCAGCACACAGGAAGAUGAGCGAUUACGACAAAUACCAAAUGAAAACAAUGAGGAAAGCUGGCAUUCCAACAUCAGGUAUUUAUGGGUUUUUUGCUCGCUAGUAAUAAUAAAAUAAAUUAGAGAAUUUUUUUUUUUGAUAUAAGUUAGACACAUGCAGGCUCUAGCCCGCUAGUAAUAAUAAAAUAAAUUAGAGAAAAAAA